AUGGACGAUCCGGUGUUUCGUAAAAAUUAUCAAAAGAGUAAAUACCGCCUGAAGCAGUGGGAGAAAGACUUUAAGAAAAAGCAUGGACGCAUACCGUCGAAGUUGGACAUCCGCGAGUCACCCGUUGAGAUACGAAAUUCGUACAAGACAUACUACCGCCUGAAGACUUCACUCCUCGAGGACACGUUGCUGGAUGCUUUGGACGAGGAUGAUGAUUUUGAUGGAUCUUUAAUGUCACAAGAAUCAAGUUUUUCCCAAGAGACCACUGACGGUACGCAACUAUCGUUUGCGAGUGGAACAAUCCGAAACGAUAGUGCAUUAUCUGGACGGUCAUCGUCGUUGAACAGUUUGCUGACCGAACCGAUCGGAUCGCAGGCAGUGCCAAACAGCCAGGCACCCAGCUUUGAGGCAGAGAAAGAAAUCGAGCAUAAUCAAAACGCGUGGCGUAAUGAGCGAAGUCGACAGAAACCGGCCCUUAGUGCGGUCAGUGAAGGAACACCAGAGGCUUCGAAUUCGAAACCAGUGGCCAUCAACGUUUCCAAACUGAUGGCUUCCCCGUUGAUGAUGCUUCCGAAACGUAAUCCCCGUAAGCUGAUGUCACGCAAUUCAUUUAGUGGCACUUCGGCGGCGGACGGUUCAGCUGGGAACGGUUCUAAAACGCUGCUUCCCGAUUUGGAGACGCUGCUAAAUGCAAAGUCGAAGGAAUUGGACACAAGUGUCACGAAGGUGGAAGAGACACUGCCGGCACUGUCAUCGGUUCCUGCCACGCGAGAGCCGAUCAAUCAACUCGACGAACGGUGGUUAGAUCGACUAUCUUCGGAGGGCAUGGUUAAGGAGACUACCGUUCCGUCCGCCUCUGACCAAAGCUCGAAACCGUGUACACCCCAUUACGGACUCAGGAACGUUAAUCUAGCUGCGAUUGCUUCGUCCGGAAGCUUUGGAAUGUCUUCGCUAAGCAUGUCCAGCCAAACGAACGUUCCGGAGGGUCAUGUAACUGUUCAGGCUACCGUUUUCGAUCGUGGUGUCAUUCAAUCCGAUUCCGAUGAUGUGGUGGAGAACUCGGACGAAGAAUGUAAGAAAACGUCUCCAGGAAUGCUGCACGUGGUGAAGAAGCGAAAAAUCUUUACCGCUAUUAACCGCAGCCCACAGUUGGCGGAAGCGAAAAACGAUAGCAAAGCGAUCGUGCCAUUGCCAACUGGCCAACUUGAUGUGGAAAACAAAGAUCCUAUGGUAGAUGAAAAGCAGCCCUCCGAGGUGAAGAUGCGAAAAACCAAAGCACCUCCGAAAUCAAAGAAAUUAAACAGUAAGGAGGACGCCGGAAACCCGCUACCCCUCCGGGCGCGAUCGGUUCGUGCAACACGUCGAGUUGCGAGCUACAAAGAACCGGCACUGGAUACGGUUGGUUCUGGUGAUUUCUCUAGCGACGAUGACGAUAAAGAUCCUGAUUAUGAGCGAUCGAAAGCAACCAGUGGCCAAUCGGCGCAGUGGGAAGAUCACGCUUCAGAGACACUGGCCGAAGAUGACGUACAAACGGAAAAACCCGCGCGUCGAUCACGUAGUACAACCCGAUCGGCAACGGUACCGAAAGUUCCCAGAAAGCGACGAUCCGGAGGAGCGAAGAAAAACUCGCCAAUAUCGCCCAGGCUUAGUCCAGGAUCAUCGAACGCGGGAGCCAAGGCCAAAGGGCGAGCAACUAAGAAAAAGGUGGUAGCAGCGAGAAAAUCGAAGCCGCCGCCACCGCAAGAAACCGACGAACCAGACGAAUACGUUCCGGAAUAUGGACUGGAUCGUAUAAAAAGUGUCCCUCGAGUGGACAUCCGUGAGCUAGUGAACGAUUCCCGACUGGCGGACAGUUUCAUCCAGGGUGUGCCGGUCCAAGCGGAGAGAAGCACUUCCAGAUCGGGCCCUGCAGUCAGUAGCAAGGAGUCAGCUCUACGCAAGAAGAUGGCCGCCGGAAAAUUGAACGAAAAUUUUGUCCGGGUCGAUCUGCGCAAGAAGGUGUUUGUGAAGGGAAAGAAAACGAUAAACUACAGCCGCUACAAAAAGUCACUGUGGAAGGCAAAGAAGGUGGCGGCCCUAUCGGGCCCGAACAUGGAUAUGGGUGGGUGCGAUGGCGGCAUACUGACGUGUUUUCAGUGCGGUGGUACGGGACAUAUGGCGCGAGAGUGUCGGAAUGUACGGGAAGACAAACUGUUACCGCUCGGGGUUGACGUUGAAGAAGAGUCCGCCUUUCCGACGCUCGAAGAGGCGGAAGCGAUGGCAAAUGCAAAGACCGCCUUAGUUCACUCGAACCGCUUGGAAAAACUGCCCCCGGUGGCCAAUCCGACCUGGAAACAACCGGAAAGGGAGGAUGAGUGUGAUCGAGAAACGGAAAAGAAAAAUGAAGAUCUCACUGAUAGCCUUAAACGAGAAGAGAAGGUGCCAAUGAAUCCACCAACCAGCGAAAGGGCCAGCAAACAGGCGGCAUACAUUGGCCAUGUGAUUCCGGAAGAUUUCCUAAAAAAAUCUGGCAUUUUGGAUGUUACCGUGGCUGGUGCAGGUGCCAAAGGUAAGAUUGACCCACUUUAUAGCCAACAGCCGAACGGUACGCUUCCCGCUACACCUCCGGAAGUGUUCGAGGCGUUGCAUCUGUUCGGUCACCAAACGUUCCGCCAUGGCCAGGAGCGAGCGGUGAUGCGUGUGCUGUGCGGAAUGUCGACGCUGGUCACUCUUAGCACGGGUGCAGGUAAGUCACUCUGCUAUCAGCUGCCGGCGUAUCUGUAUCGACAGCGACGGAACUGCAUCACCCUUGUGAUCUCACCGCUCGUGUCGCUGAUGGAAGAUCAGGUACACGGAGUGCCCGACUUUCUGAAUGCCCAAUGUUUGCACAAAAAUCAAACACCAAAAGUGCGCGAUGGAGUGAUGGCGGCGAUUGUGGCGGGUGAAGUGGACGUGCUGCUGGUCUCACCAGAAGCGGUGGUGGCAGGUGAAAAGGCAACCGGUUUCGGAUCGCUGCUUCGCCAGUUGCCACCGAUCGCUUUCGCUUGCAUCGAUGAGGCACAUUGCGUCUCGCAGUGGAGUCACAACUUCCGUCCAAGUUAUUUGAUGAUCUGUAAGGUCCUGAAAGAAAAACUGGGCGUUAAGACGAUUCUCGGACUGACUGCAACUGCCACGGUACAAACACGUCAAAGCAUCGUCUCUCAUCUGUCCAUCCCGGACGGAGUUAGCGGCAUCAUCAGCGAUAUUCCACUGCCGGACAAUUUGUUGCUAACGAUUUCGCGGGACGAAAAUCGUGAUACGGCUCUGGUCGAGUUAUUGCACUCUGAACGCUUCAGUCCGCUUGAAUCGAUCAUCGUGUAUUGUACACGACGCGACGACUGUGAACGUAUCGCCAGCUUCAUUCGCACUUGCUUCCAAGAUGCAGCCAGAGCGCGAGCGGAACAAGCGACCAAAAAGCGGCCACGGUUAAAUUACGUGGCUGAACCAUACCACGCCGGAAUGCCGGCAUCGCGUCGCCGUACGAUUCAGAAUGCGUUCAUGAGAGGCGACUUGCGCAUUGUCGUGGCGACGAUCGCGUUCGGCAUGGGCAUCAACAAGGCGGACAUCCGGGCGAUCGUUCAUUACAAUAUGCCGAAAAACUUCGAAAGCUACGUGCAGGAAGUGGGUCGAGCGGGACGUGAUGGGUUGCUGGCGCACUGUCAUCUGUUUUUGGACAGUCGCGGUAAAGAUCGGAACGAGCUCCGACGAUUUAUUUACGCAAACUCCAUCGAUCGGCACGUGGUGCGAAAGUUGCUGCAGAAAAUCUUCGUCCCGUGUGCCUGUGUGAACAAUUUAAGUAAUCGAGAACUGGCGGAUGAGUUACGACAAGACAUUGAAGCCGCUAACGGCAUGGAUUGGGAUGUAGCGUUCGAUGAGCCGGAAAACCCGUCACAACCGAUCACUCGAAAGAGGCUGUGCCCGGGGCACGAGAUAUGCUUCUCGAUCGAGUCGACGAUUCAGCAGCUCGACAUACCGGAGGAAAAUAUUGCCACGUUUCUGUGCUAUCUGGAGCUCCACGAGCAGCGCUGCAUUCAGGCGCUUAGCCCGGCCUACACGAUGUGCAAAGUGAUGUCGUAUGGCGGUGUGCGGUCACUGCGUCAGGCCGCGAAGGAAUGUGCCCCGUUGGCGAUGGCGUUUGCGUUGGACCUGAAGCGCGGAAUUUCGCACGCUUCCUCGACGGUGCUUGAAUUUCCCGUGAUCGACGUUGCCGCUGCCAUUGGCUGGGAUAGUGGCGUGGUGAAGUAUCAGUUAAAAAACCUCGAAUGGACCAACGAUAAUAAUUCAAGGAAACGAUCACCCCUAUCAGUGAGCUUUUAUGAUCUCGGAUUUCGUGUUCGUGCUCCUGGAGAUCUAAGCGACGAGGAAUUGGAUCUUGCCCUGGACACAUUGUACGAUCGUGCCACGCGUCAGGAGCGCACACAACUUGCUCAACUGCAGUACAUUUCCGACGCUCUCAAUGAGGUGUGCUUCAAGACCAUUCACUCCGUCAAAGCUGCCGAUUGUCCAACGGGUCCAUCAGAAAAGUUGAAAGCAAUCAUCCGGGAGUACUUUGUCACGGAUAUUAGCAAGAAGGAUAUCGAAAUCGUUCCUGAGCCCGAUGACACACCGGACGCGCAGCUGGUGGUCGAAAUUCGCGCGAUGAUAUGCCGCUACCCGGAGAACAAUUUCACCGGCCGAGCAAUUGCCAGAAUUUUCCACGGUGUGCAGAGCCCCAACUAUUCGGCUCUGACGUGGUCGAGAUCGAACUUUUGGCGCGCGUACACGAAAACUGACUUCAACCGUAUCGUGCGCCUUGCGAAUGCCGAAAUUGUGCGUAUGAAGACGUAA